AUGAAAAUCCCAAAUAAUCCCGGAGCCGGUGAAAACGCCCUCGAGCCAAUCUACAUAAAGGACGACGAUGGAUAUGAUCUUGACACAUUUUUAAUCCCCGACCACUACAAGAACUACAUGACGAAGGUGCUAAUCCCCAAUGGAGUUUUAAGAAACCGAAUAGAGAAACUCGCAUUUGACAUCAAAAGAGUUUACAGGAAUGAAGAGUUCCACAUUAUAUGUCUACUUAAAGGAUCAAGGGGGUUCUUUAGUGCCUUGUUGAAAUAUCUGAACAGGAUUCACAACUAUAGUUCGACCGAAUCGGCAAAGCAUUUAUAUGUAGAGCAUUAUGUUCGUGUUAAGUCGUAUUGUGAUGAUAAAUCUUUAGAUCGUAUCGAAAUUGUGAGCGAAGAUUUAUCGUGCCUAAAGGGUAAGCACGUUUUAAUUGUAGAAGAUAUUAUUGACACAGGAAAAACCUUGUUAAAGUUUUGUGAAUACUUAAAAAAGUUUGAAGUGAAAACAAUUGCCAUUACAUGUUUGUUCAUUAAAAGAACUCCUCUCUGGAAUGGCUUUAAGGCUGACUUUGUUGGUUUCUCAAUUCCUGAUGCCUUCGUUGUUGGAUACAGCUUAGAUUACAAUGAGAAAUUUAGGGAUCUAGACCAUUUAUGCACGGUGAAUGAAGAAGGCAUAAAUAAAUUCCGUAGUACCGCGCCCAGUUCUUGA